AUGAAGUCCUCACUUGCGACUGUCCUAGGGACUAUCGCUUCGACCCUCGCUCGGACUGUGACGACAACUGAACCCUCCUUAUCAGACAUAGCCGCCAGUGCAGCCACUGUCAUGCCGUAUUCCCCAGUUUCUAAUGUCGAGGGUCUCGCCUUCGACCGGAUUUUCCAGGUCUGGUUCGAAAACAUUGAUUACGAGAAUGCCGCGGCGGACAAGAAUCUGCAGUGGCUGGCAACACAAGGGAUAGCUCUCACGAACUUCUACGCUCUUACACAUCCUUCAGAACCAAACUACUGCGCAGCAGCAGGAGGCGACACAUUUGGCAUGGACAAUGAUGAUUUCCAACGGAUUCCAGCUAACGUCUCGACCAUUGUCGAUAUUCUUGACACCAAGUACAUCGCAUGGGGCGAGUACCAGGAACACAUGCCCUACCCGGGAUUCCAAGGAUUCAACUACUCAAAUCAAGAGACCUUCCACGAUGAUUACGUGCGCAAGCACAAUCCACUCAUUCUAUACGACUCGGUCACCGAGAACACCAUGCGCGGGCGCCAGAUCAAAAACUUUACACACUUCGAUGCUGAUCUCGCUAACGAAAAACUUCCCCAGUGGGCUUUUUUCACUCCAAAUAUGACCAACGACGCCCACGACACUAACAUCACCUUUGCCGCAAACUGGCUACGCGGCUGGAUCUCGCCUCUGCUUGAAAAUGAAUACUUUAUGAACAAUACCCUUAUCCUCAUCACCUUCGAUGAGGAUAAGACAUACAGCAAGACCAACCGCAUUUUUAGCAUUCUUCUGGGAGGUGCCGUCCCAGAGAACCUGCACGGCACUGAAGAUAAUACCUUCUACACCCAUUACUCGGUCAUUGCGACGCUGGGACUGUGGAGCUAA